AAUAGAAAUCGAAACCUAUUCUCACUGAAGUCCCCUCCCAGUCCUGGCCUUGGGCAAACAAGACUCAGAUCUAGCAAGUGCAGGGCAAAAAGCAAGGUUUGUGGAGCGAGAGACCAGAGGCAGAAAGACAGUCCAUGAGGUCAGCCAGCUCCUACCCCUUCCUGACUGGUCUCUCAGAAGGAUUCCAGACCUCUGCAUCAUCUCUGAACAUCCCGGGUCUGGAUUUCAGUUCUAGAUCUCUCCAUAGAGAACUCCUGCUGGAGGGCAGCAACAUUUUUCUAAGAAGAAGUGACUUUCCAGGAAGGCUGCUAACAACCGGAUCCCACAUAACCCUCCUCUGGAGCCGGAUUUGAGGACUGUUAAGUGAGAUAAGGCAUUCGAAGGACCCAACACAGACUCACAGACACAGGACCUUCUUGCUGUGUGGUUAAAGUCAAAGAGUGGAGGCAGAACCGGAGGAACGGCUUCCUCAGCCUCACCAAGAGAGCUGAGAGGUGUACAGAGAGCGUCAGACGGAUCUUGUCAUGAAACCAUCACACAAGUCCUGGGAGGCUGAGCCACUGCUCCCCAACAUGGCAGAGACCCCUUAUGCUCCGCUGAAUUCGUCCUUCGGCUUUGCCACGUCAUAUCAAACCACGGGCAGCGUUUUGCCUAAGGUCAGCAGGACUGUUGAAAGGGCCUUGAAUGAAGGGAAACUGUUGGACAUGGUAUAUGGGAUCAAGGAGAUCGUGGCAAUAUUGUCCCAAACCCCAGUCAACAUUGCUUUGACUGGGGACUCGGGCAAUGGCCUGUCAUCUUUCAUCAAUGCACUCCGAAUCAUUGGCCAUGAGGAAGAUGACUCAGCUCCCACAGGGGUGGUGAGGACCACCCAGACACCAGCUGGGUACUCUUCACCCCACUUUCCCAAUGUGGUACUGUGGGACCUGCCUGGUUUGGGGGCCACAGCCCAAACCAUAGAGAACUAUAGUGAAGAGAUGAAAUUCAACCUAUAUGACUUAUUUAUCAUCAUCGCCUCUGAGCAGUUCAGCUCAAAUCAUGUCAAUCUUGCCAAAGCCAUCCAGAGGAUGGGGAAGAGGUUCUAUAUUGUCUGGACCAAGCUGGACAGGGACCUCAGCCAGUGUGUCCUUUCAGAGAUCCGGCUCCUACAGAGUAUCCAGGAGAAUAUCCAGCAGAGUCUACAGAAGGAGAGGGUGAAUAUACCCCCCAUAUUCCUGGUAUCCAAUCUAGACCCUUUACUGCAUGACUUCCCAAAGCUGAGGGACAUGCUGCAUAAAGACCUCUCUAACAUCAGGUGCUGUGGGCCCUUAAACGCUCUUUCUGGCACCUGUGAAAAGAUCAUUGAUGAUAAAGUGGCUUGCCUGAAGGAGAGAAUAGACAACGGAUGCUGGGGGAAUUCUCUUUGUGUCAGGGAUAAUGAUGACAUGGAGGAGUGUCUGAAAGUGUUCCGACUGGAAUUUGGUGUAGAUGAUGAAUCACUUCAACAGGUAGCCCAGAGUAUGGGGACAGUAGUCCAAGAGUACAAGGUGGACAUGAAGUCCCAGACGCUGCACACUGUCCGCAGAGGGGACUGGAAACUGAGACUGAUGACCUGUGUAAUCAUGAAUGCAUUAUUCCGAGGUCUUAAACAUCUCCACCGAUGCUUCUUUUGUUGCAUCCUCUGUUUCAGAUGCAUGAAACUCAAACGCAUGCUUCUGUUAGUUUCCCAGGACACCAAGACCAUCGUGAAGAAAACCCUGAAAGACAUCACCAGCUCUCCUCAAAUUUAGUGUAGGGGGUGGUCUGUCACCCUUCUCACAUGGAAGACAGACUGCCUUGGGUCUGGAUCUCACCUGGAUCCAUCCCUACUUCUCUACUAGAAAUCCAGAGAUAGAACAACACUUUCUCUUAGGGUUCUAGAUCCUUUGAGAGGAGUCAUUCUCAUUUCACUUGUCUGGAUUCUAAUGCAUUAUUCCACUGAGGGACAGGGACAAAUUGUUUUAAAAAAAAAAUCGUUGAUCAUGAUUCUUAGAUUUGGAAUAUAGAAAAUUUGUUUUCAGUUGUUAAGUGUGAUGUAUGUCUAAAUCAGUUUUCCUCUAAAACAGUAAAGUCAGAUCUUCUUCAUUAGCA